AUGGCUACAGUAUCGGACUCGGAUCAAUCGUUGGAUUUAACCCUCACCCCAUGCGCCCUCUGCAACCAAGUUUCGGAAGAAAAUGAAGGUAUGGUUCACUGUGAUUCUUGUAAAGGCUGGUUCCACUACCGUUGCGUCGGAGUGUCUGACGAUGUCAAGAAGGAGAAAAUGUGGUUCUGUAGCGCGGUAGCGUGUCAACAAGCUUAUUCUGAGUACCUGAAAAAACAAGAGGUUGCAGCGAAAAGGAAGAAAACGAAAAAGGAUGAUGUAUCAGCUAAAUCGGACAGCAUCGCUCACACACUUGAAAAUCGGAUGAAGGAACUUGAACGACAAGAAAAGGCUAAGGAUGAUGAGCUGGAAAUUGAAACAGCUUUGCGGGUGCGAAAAUUAGCUCUGCAAAAGGCUCGUCGUAUGAAGCAGCUUGCAAUCGAAAAUGAUUUAAGGAAAAUGGAAUUGGAGCAGGAAGAAGAACUAAACGCCAAGGCCUUGAAAGAAAAAGAAGAUCAUUUAGCAAAAUUGGAAGAAAUGCGCGCAUCAUUUUCGUCGAAACUAACUGUAGUUCAAGGCAAAAUUGAUAGACUGAAUGAUAGUUUGCACGAAAGUAAGGAUGGAAUGAAACAUAAAGCGCAGAAACUAAAGCUUGAGAAAAAACCCAAGGCGCGUGCAAAAUUUGAUCAACAAAAUAGCGAUACUGAAUGGACUUCAUCCGGGGAUUCUAAUUGUACUGAUUCUUUAAGUGAGAGCAGCGAUACAGAUAUUUCUACCGAAAUCGAAAAGGAGUCGAAGGACAGGAAACAUGACAAGUCCAACGGGCUGGGGCCCCAACCCUCUCAGGCACAAUUGACGGCCAGAAGCGGAAUUAGUCGGAAGUUACCUAUAUUCACAGGAAAAGCGGAAGAAUGGCCGCUGUUUAUAAGCAGUUUUAAGUCAUCUACCAUAGCUUGCGGCUACACUGAGGUAGAAAACUUGGUGCGUUUACAAGAAAGCAUACAAGGAGACGCGCUCGAAAAUGUUCGUGGUCAACUUUUAUUUCCCAAGUCGGUCCCAAAGGCGAUUAAAAAGCUGCGUCAACUGUAUGGGCGUCCAGAACAGCUUCUUCGAUUCUAUUUAGACAAAGUUCGGCAAUUGGAAUCUCCUAAGGCUGACAAAUUACAUACGUAUAUUCCCUUCGGUAAUGCCGUUGAGCAAUUAUGUGAGCACUUGGAAGCCGCAGAAUUGAAAGAACACUUGUUGAAUCCGAUUCUUAUUCAAGACCUUGUCGACAAGCUUCCUGCGAGUGACAAACGGGAGUGGGUGCGUUAUAAAAAACGAAAACACAGCGCAGACCUACGCGUUUUCAGUAAAUUCCUGUCCCGAAUUGUAGAUGAAGCAUGCGAAGCUAGUGUUUCAUUUCAUUCCAAAGCCGAUUCCAAGAUUUCCGGUAACGCGAGGAAUAAGGAGAGACUAUUCAGUCAUGAUAUAGCUCAAGAAGAGGAACCUUGUGAACUGCCAACUAGUGAUCCGCCAGCGCGCGAUCAGUCGACCACCAACCUGAAACCGUGCAAAGUAUGCAAAAGCUCAAAUCACCGUCUUCGUGACUGUCAAGAGUUUAAAGAGAUGAGUGUUUUACAACGAUUGGAAUUAGUAGAAAAGUGGAAACUAUGUCAUGUAUGCCUGAACGAUCACGGGAAAUCAUGGUGCAGAUUCAAAAUUAGAUGUGAUAUCGGAGACUGUCGAGAACGCCACAACCCGCUGUUACAUAAAUCAGUUCGUAGAGUCGUCAUGAAUACACAUUUCCGUUCAAACUCUUCAAUUCUAUUCCGCGUCAUUCCGGUCGUUUUACACUAUGGUCGAAAAUCAAUAAAAACAACAGCCUUUCUAGACGAUGGAUCGUCUGCAACACUGGUCGAGCAGUCACUAGCGGACGAGCUAGGAGUUGUCGGUCAAAAGGAGCCUCUUACCAUUACUUGGACAGCUGAUGUGUCACGCGUCGAAGAAAAUUCGAUGCGGAUGAAUCUUAAAAUAUCGUCUUGUGAUGAUAAUGAGCUUUGGUGUUUAAAUGGUACUCGCACAGUGGGAGAGUUGAAACUACCAAAACAAUCCAUGUGUUUCGAAGAUCUGACUGAAAAACAUGCUCAUCUCCGUGGUUUACCCAUUCAAUCCUACAGCGGAACCUGUCCGGGUUUGCUCAUAGGGCUAAAUAAUUUGCAUCUAAUGGCUCCACUGGAAACAAAAAUGGGUGGCAUAGGAGAUCCUAUCGCUGUUCGAUCUAAGCUUGGUUGGGCAAUUUACGGUCCGGUUGGUAAGCAACAUAUUUAUGGCGAUUCCGAAUUUUUUGGCGUUCACGUGGAAGUGAGCAACGAAGAGCUGCAUGACCUCAUAAAAUUACAAUACACCAUAGAGGAAGCUACUGUGCCGGUUGUGCGAGAAUCUCCAGAGGAUGUACGAGCUAGACAAAUUCUCGAGAGUACCACUAUUCGAGUUGGUGACAGGUUCGAAACGGGCCUGUUGUGGAAGACGGACGACCCGAAAUUUCCUGACAACUAUCAUAUGGCGGCACGGCGAGCAAAACAGUUGGAACAUCGCUUGCUAAAAACUCCUGAUCUGUUCGCAAAUGUUUGUCAGCAGAUAAAAGAGUAUCAGGAAAAGGGCUACGCUCAUGAGGCGUCAUCUGAAGAAUUAUCUUCAUCGUCGCCGAACAAGUCCUGGUAUCUUCCGCUAAAUGUGGUCCUGAACCCUAAGAAACCAGGAAAAGUACGCCUAGUGUGGGACGCAGCUGCAACCGUAUCCGGAAUAUCUUUAAAUUCACAACUACUCAAAGGUCCAGACAUGUUAGUGUCUUUACCAGCUGUCAUAAACAGAUUUCGAGAACGUCGAAUCGCGUUUGGUGCGGACAUACGCGAAAUGUACCACCAACUACAAAUUCGGAAACAAGAUCGACAGGCCCAGCGUUUUCUGUUUCGAGCCGAUCCGAAUUAA